ACGGGUCAACAGAUCAAUAACAUUGAAGUACUCGCUUUCACAGUGGAGAGGGUGUGGAGGGGGAGAAGUCAAAAUGUCUCUGUGACCUCAAGAGAUAGUUGACUUACAAGAGCAUAUCAUAUAUUAUUGUAUUUUUUAUAUACAUGGCAGAAAAACUGUUUUUUCUAGAAGGACGUCAAAACAUCAAAAGUGAUGUCCUCUGUUACUUUGGCGGAACUAAUCCAGUGACCGAUACACCAGCGUUCCUCUGACUAUUUCUGAGUUCCAGUUACCUGUUGCUAAUGUAAGAAGUAUUUCUCUCGUCUGCUUCUCACUCCAGCCAGGCCAUGCUUUGAACAUUCACAAAUACCCGCUCUCUCCCGACUCAUCGAUUCCUCCCCCCUCUCUGUACACACUACAGGUCGGGCUUCUCGUCUGCUUAUAACUACUUUCUGCUUGUGUUUGUGCGCGCGUGAGUAGAGGGCGUAAAAAAAAAUACAAGUGUCGGAGCAGUUAUUAUUUUGGUGAUUUUGAUUUCAGGUCAAAAAAAAAAAUUGUGUCGCUUAACGGUUCGGCUGUGUGCGCGGGAGAAUGUGUUCCAUUGGAGUCUCGUGCUCUUGUUUUCUGCUAGGAGUUUCGGUGAAUCAGUGCUAGUAUUUACACAUGUGUGCCAGAGUGCCUUAACACCCUCAAGUGUUUUGUUUUCAAAUUUACUUGUAACAAAAAGUAGCAGAUGGACUUAAUAUUUGUGUGGAUACUAUGUGGAUAUAAUCGUCUGAUGGAUAAAUCUUAUUCGUGAAGGAUUUGAUCCCCCACCGUCUGCUGAGUAUUUGAUCAAGUUGUAGUCUUCCAUCAUUCUGGGUCAGUGUAACCUCCAGCCACUCGUGUUACUUUACUGGAUAUAUUCUGAUGUCCAUAACAGACCAGGUCAACUCCACGCGUUCCAGACAUCUGCUGACCAACAGAGCCGAAUGGACAUUACUUUUACGCUGAGUGGAUCACCAACGUGACUAAGCGUUUAGGAUUUAGCUGUUACACGGACACGAUGCCCUCAGCGUCAACCUUGUAGCCGUGAGUGAGGUCCUGUAGAUAACUCAGGCCUUUGACAGCUGUACGGACUCCACUUAAGAAAAUGUCCUCUAUUGGUGACUUCCGGUUCCUGGGCCCAGUUUUCAUCUUCGUCGUUGCUAUGGUGACGGAGGUAGCUGGACAACUGGAUUGUGAUAAAGUGUUCUCCAGUUACACCUUAAAGAACAAGAUGGGCGUGUUCCAGUCUCCUGGUUUCCCUAGCAACUACCCUAAUGGCGUCAAGUGCAAGUACAAGUUCAUUGCCAAUAGCAACGAGAGGGUCAAGAUACGCUUCACACAAUUCUCACUGCAAGGGAGGCCACCCAAUUGCUAUGACUACAUUGAAAUUUACUCACAACUUCAGAAGGAAACUGAAAACCUCCUGGAGGCAGGAAUGACUGGCCCAUUUUGUGGUGAGGGGAAAGACAACCUGCCCAAAAUGGUGGUAUCCACUAAAAACAUCCUGAUUCUGUGGUUCUAUUCAAAUCACGAAAAAAGUAGCAGUGGCUUCAAUGGCACCUGGGAAUUUAUUGAUGCAGUAUCUUCUCUUUCAGUUCCCUAUGAGAUGGGCACAGUGGCAAGCAACAUCUGUGAUUACGUUAUACGUUAUGAAACAAAAUCAAAAGGUCACGUUAUCUCCCCUACAUACCCUGGAGUUUACCCGGACAACUCAAUAUGUUUCUACAAAUUUCAAGGGAAACCGGGACAAAGGAUAAAAUUAGUCUUUGAAGACUUUUCACUCUUUUACGGGGGUGAUUAUUGCCCCUUUGACUACUUGCGUAUCUAUGAUGGCCUUAGCAAGGAGUCACAGGAGAUUGGAAAAUUCUGUGGCAGCUACAACAGCUCAACUGUCAUCUUUUCCUCCACGGAGACACUCAAAAUGGAAUUUGUCACCGGGGAGGGCAGAUUAAACUUUGCUGAGCCUUCCAUGGAUGUCCGAGCUGAUUUCAAAUUUGAAAGAAGAGGUUUCAACAUUUCCUAUGAAUUCAGUGAUAGUUUUGUCAGAUUAGACUCCAACUACAUAUUAAAUGGUUCAGAACAUAUACUGGGCACAGAGUGUGACCUCAGAAUUAUGAGCUAUAAGGAGAGCCAUGGAACUAUAGUCUCCCCUGGUUAUCCUGGAGAUGCCAGAGGAGUUGUCUGCCACUACUACUUGGAUGGCCUAAUGGAUGACCAGAACUUAGAGAAAGUCAAAAUAUCAUUCACAAAUUUUAAUAUUCCAGGAAAUAUACCAUAUUGCUUGCUUGGUUACUUAGUGGAAGUUGAAGAUUUACGGCUGAAUGAAGGCUCUGGGCGUGGCAGAUACUGUGGUACCAUAAACCCACCCACCAUAUAUAGUCAGAUGCCAAGGAUGGUUCUUGUGUUUAAUAUUUCUAAGGAGAUCGUAGGGAAAUUCACAGCGUCUUACCAGUUUAUCACAGAUUAUGGUAUCAAAGGAGAGCAGAUUGAAGAAGGGAAAUGUAAAUUUCACUACAAAAGUCACAUGGUCAAGUUCGGAGAGGUCAACUCCCCUCGUCAUCCUGGCAACUAUCCAGCCAACUUAGACUGCGAGUAUAUUUUCCGUCCAUUUCAUGAUGAGGUGGUGGUAAUAAGUUUCUCUGUCUUCAAUGUGUCUGGCCAUGACAUCCCCAACUGUAUCACUGGUGACUAUGUAGCAUUCUAUGAAGACCUAGGCACUGUCAGCCGAGAAAACUUUACCUUGACAGAAAAAUAUUGUGGCAAAGCAUUGCCAGGACCUUAUGCAACUACCAAAUUGCUCAAGAUGGUUUUUCAUUCGGAUGAUCAUUUAGGACAUUUAGGAUUCAAAGCCAAUUACAGAUUUCUUCACAAGAAAAACAUAUCUGCCUCUUGUCCAGAACUGGACAGCUACUCAGGAGAUAGAGUCAUCUAUUCUGGAGGUAAAGGAGGAACUAUAGAAAGUCCAGGCUUCCCUUCCAAGUAUUCAAAACUCAGCUGGUGUGAUUGGGUCAUUCGUGCCAGUAGAAUAGAGAACAAAAUUCUAGUGGAAAUAGCUGAGCUUAAUUUAGAAGGGAUUUAUAGUAGAGGCACAGAAAGAGCCAGCUGUGAAGUCGCAGUUCUGAGACUGUACAAUGACAGUAAUAGUGUUAGACCAGUAGCUUCUACGUGUGGUAUUAAGAAGUCCACAGAGAGUAGUCCAUCAUAUUUAUCAUCCCAUAAUACUUUCAAAAUAACAUUCUUGAGCUCAUCAUCAUCAUUAGGAGCCAAAGGUUUUAAAAUUUCCUGGACUGAAGUCCACACUGGCCAUUCCAUAAGUGAGCAUUCUGGUGGAGACUGUGCAGGAUUCCAGUGUACCACCAACAAGUACUGUAUAUCACCCUCACUCAAGUGCAAUAAGGAGCCUAACUGUGGUCAGGGAGAUAACUCUGAUGAAACAGCUGAAUGCUCCAGUAAAAUGGGUCCAAAGUCAUCAGGCAUCCAAAUUCUUCAUAUUGCUAUAGGCACUUCCAUUUCAUCUUUUUUCUGCAUCAUUUUAAUCAUUUGUGGAUUCUACCACCGUAGAAAGUUCCGCUCUGACCGAGCCCCACCUGACCAUGACCAUGUAGAGGUCCGUUAUGUCUCAGCUCCCACCGGCUGCAAUACUACAGACCGACUUCUUAUGGAGGAUAGAAAUGACGGUAGCAACGACCACCACAACCACAGCACAACCCAGAGCCCUCGUUGUCAGAAAGUGUCAAUGGUAUGACACAUAACCUCUGUUUAAUUUCUUGUUGAAUUCGGGUGAAAGUCUCACCCUUCAUUCACAUCAUUUUGUUUGUUGGUUCAAAUCUUACUUCUAGUCAUUUUUACUCAAUUUUUAUUUAGAAGUUUUACAGUUUUAAAAAAUUUCUUUGUAUUGGUUUGUUAUGAUAUAAGAGGGUAUAAUGUACUCUCAUAUCAAGGGCACUCAUUGAUGUAACAAUAGUUUCUCAUGCUGGAAAAGAUCUUUUUUUUUUUUUAAUGUUUUUUUUAGACUAGUUUAUUGGUUGAAGUUUUAUACUUACCUUUAUUGUAUUGUGAAUUAUUCCUUUCAGGGUUAUCAAAAUUGCUAAGCUAGUAAGAUUCAAACUUUAAAAAAAAAUUCUUAACCCGUUAUACUACUAUUGUGAUAGAAUAUGGUGCUUACAGUAGCCUACUAUAAGGUACAAUACUAUAGAAUGUUACUGCUGGUUUUU